AUGUCAUUUGUUCCAAUAAUUUUUGGUAAAAAAGAUAUGGAUUCCAGAAUAGAUGGAUAUCCAAACAAUUUACCAUGUCCAAAUUGUCAUAAUCAAAGUGUUGAGCCAGUAAAGAGGAAAGAAUUUAUAAGUUUUUGGUGGAUUCCACUCAUUCCAAUGUAUUGGGGCAAACAAUUAAAGUGUAACACUUGUUCUUGGAGACAGGAUGUGAAUAAAGAGGAGCUGGAGAAAUAUGGGAUUAAGCAUGGGGGUUGA